GUCAUGCCGAGAAUCACGUUGUGAAAAGAAAAGAAAAACAAAAACGAAUGGGAAAAUAUGAGACGAAACUAAGGACGGGAAUCUAAGACACGAGAACUGAUGAUGCUAUAGACGAGGGUGCUUAAUUCGAUGAGGGUGUGAUGAUGGUGUGGGGCGGAUCUCAAGCAUCAGCAAGGUUGCGUUGAUAAUAAUAAAAAACAAGGUAGCAAUUUCAAGGUUUCUGAUCAAGAUAACCCGAGGAGAGGGGAAUGUAACAUCACUAACCGAUACCAUGCUCGUGGAGAGCAUCUCGCGCCAUAUUUAUUGUUGAUGCCUAUGGCUUGAGUGCCAUUCAUCAUGCUAGUGUAAACUCAACACUGCUACUUACUCAAGCUUCACUAACAGCAAUGCGGUUCUCCUUGCUGUUGACUCUAUUGAGCGCCUGUGGGCAACAUCAAGCACAAGCAAAUGGAUCGCCUCCUAAAAAGGGGUCACUAGCGAGAAACGUCGGCCAGGUCAUUUUAGACAAGAGUUCAUAUGUAGACUCGUUAAUUUCGAAUAUGACAGUCGAGGAUCUGGUUCUACAAUUGCACCUUAUGUUUGGCGGCGACAUUGUAGGGGUCGAGUCUAAGAACGAGCUUUAUGACUAUGCGAUGCGCUUCAGCCCAGACUCACCAAUAGGUGCAAUGCAUGAUUGGUACCCGCUCAACACUUCUCACUAUAACUCCGUUCAGGCAUUGACCCUCCAAAAAGCGCGACUGAAGAUUCCGCUCAUGCAUGUGGGAGAGUGCCUUCACGGUGUCGGGUCUUUUAAGCAGUCGAUGUUCCCCCAGAGUCUAGGACUUUCAGCUAGUUUCGAUACCGAUCUUGUGUAUCGCGUCGGCAGAGCGAUUGGAACCGAGGCGAGGUCGAUCGGGAUUCAUGCCUGUCUGUCUCCCGUCCUUGACAUCGGCCAGGACCCGAGAUGGGGGCGAAUGCAAGAGGCGUGGGGAGAAGAUAAAGUAUUAACUUCGCAUAUGGGAGUCGCCUACUCUAGCGGCCUGUCUAAGAAUGGCUCUUGGUCUGAACCAGACGCCGUCGUGCCAGUGCUCAAGCAUUUCGCCGCGCACGGAGCUCCUCAGUCGGGACAUAAUACCGCCCCGUUUAUGGGUCACGGAAAUCGGCAGGUGUUACAGGAUCUCCUUACGCCAUUCAGGGCGGCGAUCCAACUAGGUGGAGCAAGAGGCGUAUUGAUGGCAUAUAGCGAGUUUGACGACAUACCGGCUCACGUCCACCCCCUGUUAUACCAGGCACUUGAAGACUGGGGGUUUGAUGGAUUCACUAUCGCCGAUGAUACUGGAAUGGCCGAGUUACAAGCGGUACAUCAGGUAGCAGAUUCUGCAGGAAGUGCGAUAGGGCAAUGGUUUAACGCUGGAGGAAUGAUCCAAUUCUACGACUAUCCUCUUGAGGUCUAUCUUAAUACAACAAAAGACCUCGUCGCAAAUGGUUCUGUGGAAUUGACAACUCUACAGUCUCAUAUUCGCAACAUCCUAGGUGUGAAGUGGGAUUUAGGCCUAUUUGACGACCCUUUCAUCCCAUCGGGGGUCAAUCCUCAGGAAAUUGUCAAGAGCCACAGGAACCUCACGCUGGAAGCUGCUCAGAGAAGCAUCGUUCUCCUAGAAAACAAGAACUCCACAUUACCAUUAAAGCCUCAAGCUCAGAAAAUCACCAAGAUCGCACUCGUCGGCCCGUUCGCUGAUGUACUCAAUUAUGGCGACUAUUCUGGUCAAUGGGGGCAGUAUCCCGCAGACGCGGCACAGACGAUCCGCCAAGGAAUACUCAAAUAUGCGAAUGGAGGAGAUUUUGAGUUGGUUUCUAGCUGGGGCGCAAAUACCUGGGAGUAUAACUCCCAGUAUGUAAUACCACCGUACCUCUUGUCGGCGAAUGGGACAGCGGGUGGCCUUGCUGCGACGUAUUUCGCGGAUACUAAUUUCACCCAGCCUAUGGCAUAUAGAAUCGAGAAUCCUGCGCUUGACUGGGGAUUAUAUCCUCCAGACGGUCUACCAUCUAAUAACUUCAGUGCUAUUUGGGAAGGGGAGCUGAAAUCUCCUGUCGACAUCGACGUAGAUGGCUGGAUUGGAGCGGCUGUAGGACCCAACACGACUGUUAAGCUCUUUAUCGACGGAAGCUUGACCACCUCAUAUGGAGUAGAGGGUCUUCUACAGUCUAGCAAUAUCAUGGGAAAUAUCAUGAGCUACGAUUACAUCACGACGAAUAGCACACUACCUCCGACCGGAUCUGCCCCUUUUACAUUCAGAAAAGGGGCAACAUACCACAUUCGCAUCGAAUACCAAGCCUUCACUCUCUACAAGACAACCGAAAACGUAAAUUCUCUCAAUUCGCAGCUCAUACUCUUCUGGAACCUCGUCAGUCGGAACGGCGACGCAGUCGACCAAGCCGUCCAACUCGCAAGCUCCUCAGACGUGGUCGUCCUGGCCGUGGGGGCGGCUUGGAACAGCGACGGAGAAAAUGGGGAUCGAGGCACGCUAGGCCUUAUAUCAAGCCAGGACAUCCUAGCCAAGGAACUAUUCAAGUUGGGGAAGCCUGUGAUGCUUGUUCUUCAGGGCGGUCGACCCUUUGCGAUCGACUACUAUAACCAGAGCGCUGCUGUGCUAAGCGCUUUCUUCCCUGGCCAGUCUGGUGGCCAAGCGAUCGCGGAUGUGUUAUUUGGCACGGUAAAUCCAGGAGGGAGGAUGCCGGUCACCGUCCCGAAGAACGUCGGUCAGCUUCCUGUGUAUUACAAUUACAAGCCGACUGCCCACUUAGUGAAGUAUCUCGAUACGGAGUCGUCGCCGGCUUAUUGGUUUGGUUACGGGCUGUCGUACACCACUUUUAAAGUAUCCGAGUUCGCAGCUAUGAUAAACGGUACGGUGGCGACGGAAUUCAAGGAUGGGGAUACGAUUACGUUUUCGGCUACAGUCAGGAAUAAUGGUACUGUAGAUGGGAGCCAUGUAGCUCAAGUAUAUGUCCUCUCGCGCGUUUCGUCCAUCGUGCAGCCUGUUAAGCAGCUUGUCACCUUCCAACGUGUAGACAUAUCGGCCGGCGAGGAAAUUACUGUAUCGAUGGAGUUGGAUACGAGUAGGUAUCUAACCAUCCUCAACAGGAAAAACGAAUGGGAACUGGAGAAAGGAUCGUAUACGUUUGCGCUUUUGAACCAUGGCGGUGACACGGAUACAGCGACGAACGUCACUUUGAAAUGUGUCUAA